AAGAUUAGGAGGUGCCAUCUGUUUGUGACCGUUGUCAUAUAAGAUUCAUCUUACUUAAAGUAUAUAAAUAUAGGCCGCCAGCACGUUGAAUCAUAAUAAUAAUUUAUCUUUAAAAGUGAUUGUGUGGUGAUAUUCUUAUCUUCAUAUUCGCGCUGAAAUCAUUAACGUUGUACGAUUUUUUGAGAAACAUUUGGAAUGCACACUUACAUUUUACUUUAAUACAUAUUAUAUUUUAAAAAUAUUGAUAAAUAUGUUUCCUGUUUGUGGAGGUCUAAAGGAAUUUCUAAAUAACACCUUUCAAGGCAAAGAGCCAUGGCAGAUAGUAACUAUUACAAGUACAACUCUUCUUACAACAGUUUGGUUGUGGAACUUUAUUUUCCAAGAUGAAAGUCUUGUAGAAAGAGGAAAAAAGAAAUUUUUUAGCUUAAGAAAUUAUAUACCUUGUAUCAGAGAUAAAAUUAAUCAGGAAUUAAAUGAUAUGAAUUUAUUAUUUGAAAAUGAAGCUAUACAAAGGAUGAAAGAUGUUCCAUUUAUUGUAAAACUUCCAAAUAAUGGUUUCAAGUAUGAAGAAAUAUUAGAAAAAGUAAAACAAUGUGUUCAAUUAGGCGAUUAUGAUUGUGAAGGUGGUAAAGUAUCCGGGGCUGUGUACAGAAUCGAUCAUGAAUUAUUGAACUUAAUGGGAGCUGUUUAUUCAUUUGCAUCAUAUACAAAUCCUUUACAUCCUGAUGUUUUUCCUGGCAUAUGUAAGAUGGAAGCAGAAGUAGUUAGAAUGGCUUGUCAAUUGUUCCAUGGAGAUGAAAACUCUUGUGGCACAAUGACUACUGGUGGUACAGAGUCAAUAUUAUUAGCUUGCAAAACAUAUAGAGACUAUGCAAGGCAUGUAAAAGGUAUCAAGAAUCCAGAAAUGGUAAUUGCUGUAACAACUCAUUCUGCUUUCGAAAAAGCUGCUCAAUAUUUAAAAAUUAAAAUACGUUAUGUACCUGUCAAUCCACAUAGUUAUACAGUUUCUAUUAAGAAGAUGGAAGGAGCUAUCUCAAAAAAUACAAUAAUGUUAGUGGGUUCAACUCCAAAUUUUCCAUAUGGAACAAUGGAUAAUAUUGAAGCAAUUUCUAAAUUAGGAGUUAAAUAUAAUAUUCCAGUCCAUGUUGAUGCUUGUCUUGGUGGAUUUUUGAUUUGUUUCAUGCCAGAUGCAGGAUUUAAUGUACCACCAUUUGAUUUUCAACUUCCUGGAGUUACUAGUAUAUCAGCUGAUACACAUAAGUAUGGAUAUGCCCCAAAAGGAUCUUCAAUUAUUCUUUAUAGAAGUAAAAAAUACAAACAUCAUCAAUAUACUGUAUCAACUGAUUGGCCUGGAGGCAUUUAUGGAUCUCCAACAGUAAAUGGUUCAAGAGCUGGUGGAGUUAUUGCAUCAUGUUGGGCUACUAUGAUGUAUUUUGGUUAUAGUGGAUACUUAGAAGCAACCAAAAAAAUUAUAGAAACUACUAAAUUCAUUGAAAAGAGAUUGAGGAAAUUAAAUGGAAUUUUUAUUUUUGGUACUCCUGCAACUUCAGUUAUUGCAUUAGGAUCCAAUGACUUUGAUAUUUAUAGAUUGUCAGAAGCUUUAAACGCAAAAGGAUGGAAUUUGAAUACUCUUCAAUUCCCUAGUGGUAUACACCUUUGUGUUACUUAUGUACAUACUCAACAUGGUGUUGCGGACAAAUUUUUGGAUGAUCUUGAAAAUGAAUUACAUAAUAUUUUGCUAAAUCCAAAAACGUCUGUUCAAGGAAAGUUUGCUAUGUAUGGAAUGACUCAAACUAUACCUGACAGAAGUAUUAUUAGUGACUUUACGAAAUGCUAUUUGGACUCCAUGUAUUAUACACCCAGUAACGAAACGCAAUCAGUAAUAAUCCAAGAUAAGUAAUAAUUAUAAAGUUUAAUGAAGAAGAUUACCAUUUAAUCCUUAGUCUGUUUUUUCUUAAUGGAUUACAAUAAUAAAGUAUGUGAUAUUAAUUGUUUAAAUGUUUUAUUGUGAUUUGUUUCUAGAGAAAAAAAUUUAUUUUAUAACUGCUCGAAUAGUGUGUAUGAAAUUGCAGUGAAAAAAUAUGUAAAUGCCAUGAAAUAGUAUUAUUCUAAAAUUACCUCUAUAUAUUAUAUUAAUCAAAUGUAAUAUAGUACCACGUUGUUUAUCCGAAAUAAUAAGAAAAUAAAAUCCUUCAGAUAAUUGGACAAGAAGAACCAAAUAUAUAAACAUAUGAUGAAAUAAUAGUAUUCCAAAAUAUAAAGAUUACUUUAUGGUCUUGAUAUAUGACAAGUUCUAUAUUCCGAUAAUCGGACCUUCAUACAAUCGGUAUUCGGAUAACUGACGUUCUACUGUAAUAAGAUACACAUAUUUUGUACAAUAACGUUUUUGCCUCUGUGAGGAAACUUACAAAAGUACAAAACAUUGUCCUAAUCAAGACAAUAUUUUUUUUUGAUAUAUUUUGUAGAAACAAGUAAUAAAUGAAACAUCAUUAUAUAAUAGUAGAUUUUAGUAUAUGUAAUAUUAACAAAUUAUAAGUAUGUAUCUUUUGUAUAUUUCAUAUACUUUGUUACUGCUUUUUUUACAAAUUGUACACUUAACAACAGUAUGAAUUUAUACUUUAUCAUUGUAUGAAGAUGUAUUAAAAUAAAAUUAAUGAUCACAAUAAAGGAAUUAUUAACACAA